UCAUCGUACCAUCAGCUUCAGUACUCCCGGCUAAAGGCAACCAAAUCAUCCUAGAGACGCUGUAUUUCAGGCCUUCUCAAAUCUUCUGGUGCUGAUUGCUGUAAUCUUCAUGGACAAAAGUUGCAGAAAAUUAGGUGCACACAAACGUAUUCACUUUUCUUGAACUUAAUUUUUGGUAUUUUACUAUUUGUCCAGAAUCUAGCGAUACCCAAUUCUUGAAAUUUUAAAAUUCCAUCUUGUCUUACCAUCAAGACAUAGCCCCCUAAAAAUCCCUAAUAAUGAGAUUCCGACAUUAACCAAAUAAUAUAGAAUUGGGGUUUUUUGAGGCUAAUUUAAUUUACAGUUAUUUGAUUGAAAGAUGGAGAGUUCUGGAUCCUGCAAGAAUUGCAGCAAGAGAACCCUCGUAGUAGAUGGUGAUACUGGCAACUUGGUGUGUUCAUCAUGUGGGGUUGUUCAGGAUUUUGAGAAUUUUCAAGCCCACAUUGGCGGUAUUACUGGUCCUGCUGGCACCUUUGUCCGCGUAGGCACGGCGGGCUCCGGUAGUGUGUAUAGCUACAAGCAAACUAAAGUUUAUCAAGCUCAAAAACUGAUAGAAGAUUUGAUAUUUAAGUUAGGAUUAGCGGCCUCGCGGUAUGAUGAAGUUAAGGCCAUGGUUGAGAGGAUAACAGAGGGUGAAUAUGGUCAGGGGAGAUGGUUUCCAAUUUUUGUUGGGGCUUGUGCUUAUGUUGUAAUGAGGAAGGAUAAGAAAAGCUUGCCGGUUGUUGAAGUGGCGAAUGUGGUCGGUUGUGAUAUUAGUGAGUUGGGAAGAAUGGUGCAUCGGGUUGUGGAUUUUCUUGAUCUGAAGUUGCCUGAGUUUGAUAUUGUUAGCUCGUUUGAACGUGCAAUUAGGAGUUGUCCGAGCUUUAGUGGGGUUGAGGAGGAAAUUGUUGGAAGGAUGUUGAAGCAAGGGGUGUUCUUGGUGCAGUGCUCGAUGAAGUGGUAUUUGACUACAGGGAGAAGACCAAUGCCCAUUGUGGCUGCCAUUUUGGUGUUUGUUGCAGAGUUGAAUCAGGUUCACGUAAAGAUUGAAGAGGUUGCAAAGGAGUUGUAUGUGGCAGUGCGAACGUGUAAGAAGAGGUAUAAGGAGCUGUUGGAAAGACUUGUAAAAGUUGCACAACUCUUACCUUGGGGGAAAGAUGUUACUGUCAAGAAUAUUAUCAGGAAUGCUUCUUCAGUAAUUCAGUACAUGGAGUUGAAGUCGUCAUCAAGGUGCGGUGGAAAGAAUCGUUUUGAUCAUGUCGGUUUUGAUUUGGAUGAUUUAGUCGCUGACUGUUUGAACAAAGAAAUCGGGUACAGGUAUGAUACUUGUGAUGUGGAAAAGGACUUGCAGUAUUUUGAGGUGGAGAAUUCUCCAACUUUGAGAACAGAAGGAACAAAUAAUCUCCAGAUUUCGCAUGAAUGCUUGGCCAUGAUUUAUUCAAAUUUCUUAGAUCACUUACCAUUGAUUAAGUCUUCUGCAGAAAUAGAAGAGGCAGAUUGGACAAAACAGGAGAAGGGAUAUGACAUUUACACUUGUAGAGAGUGGUGGACAGGCAAAUCAGAAAUGAGCAAGAAACUUUUGCUGAAGCAAAUUAUUGAGAAAGAUGUUGGAUUGAAUGCAAACCCUCCGUCUUUUGAUAGAGGAAACUUGACAUAUCAAAGGAGGAGAGAAAAGAUAAAUGCUGCUAAAUCACGCAUUCAGAGGAUUUUGCAUCCAUCUGAAGCUGGCUUUGGUGAUGGAAAGGAUCUAUGUCUUGCACAAUGUAUAAGUGCUAGCAAUAAAAGGAAAAUACAAGUUGAUGUUGACUGGGAAGAUUUGAUUAUCGAAACACUUCUCCUUCAUCAAGUGAGAGAGGAGGAGAUAGAGAAGGGGUAUUACAAUGCCUUGUUGGACUUGCAUGUAUUUAAUCUCUGAAGUAUGAAAUGUUUUAGAUUCAUAAUGAAGCAGAAUACAAUGCAUCAUUUUGACAGUUCUAGGAUAUUCCAAGUCCUGAACAGUUCAGCAAGAUGGCCUUUUCUUUUUUGUCUUUCCUAAACAGGUUUUUGGUUAAGUAUUGUUGUGUAUGCUAAUUUGUUAUAUAUAUAUAUCUUUGUCAUGCCACCUUUGGCACUUGUCCUAUCUUUUUAGUUUGGGCACUGAUCAUUAAUGUUGACGAAGAAAGAGUGUCUUGUAUAUGUACAUGGGAAAUGAUGGGUUUAAUGGCUAAUUUGAGUUUGCAUAAUGCACCUUUAGUGUAUUUCAUGAGAUCACAUUAAGGUCUAUUUUGUGCACUACAUUUGUAUUGUCUUUUUUACCCCUUGGUUACCUCUUUCUUCCGCUCAAACUUUUAAACUCCAUGCGUAUUUUUCUGAAAUAUGUUUGGUUUUAAUGCAUGUCAGCCUCAUACAGAAGUCUUAAUUUUGUUUGGUAGUGGUUUCUGUUGUUCCUUUUGCCUGUUUUUGUAACUCUAACAUUCCAUGGACGUAAAGGGGACAUAAUGAUGUAAUUAAUCUUGGUUUGUUCUCUAUGUAUGGGUUCAUUAUCCUUAGAAUUCGCUGGAGUGCAUGGGAGAGGUUGAGAAAUGGGAGAGGUUGGGACGUUACGUUGUUGGGACUUAAACCUAACUUAUGGACUUUUGUUCAGUAUGUUUCACUGACCAUAUUUCUAGGAAGCUCCUCUGUUUGCUAUUGGGCUAAGUGCCUGAUUGAGGAAUUAGUUAUCUUUAUUAUUAGUACAGAAGUACAAUAGUUCUAUCUAGUCAUGUACCUCUUAUUUUAUCACAAUAAAAAGUUUGUCUGCUUGCUAUUGUUAAUUAGGAAUUUGUUUCAUGUCCAGGAGAAUAAACUUUUAAUUUUAAGCCAACAAGAGGCUACAAAACCAGCAAGUUGUUACUCUUUAUGAAAUUAAUCAAGAUAAAGAGCUGACACUUCAGUGUUUAAACUUUUUAUGUGGAGAUGAAGAUAAAAAAUGUGUAAAGCUGCAUAAUGAAUUGAGUAAUAGGAUUAAUUACUGUACCAAAUUAUUUGGAGAGUUUUGAACUGUAGUUUUGCAGAUACAUUAGUAUGAAGUGUUAUGUUGCAGAUGCUUGAAAGUACGAAUAUAGUUCACUGACUGCACCAAUAUGAGUUAUUUUCUGUUUAAGAAAUAUAAGAAUCUUAUCUUUGGAAAGCAGGGUCCAUUUAGAAUGUUCAGCACUUUUCAUGCUACUCAUAAUUGACAAAUUGGGCACGUUCUUCUGAGAUAUGUGAUCAAUGGUACUUAUCAGUGUUAACUACAUAACUGGGAUUUCUAGCUAUUUUCUGAUCUCUGCUUCAUUUCUUAGCUGCAGAAUCUUUCUUCAGAAUAGAAUCGAUGCUUGUAAUGCUAAUACUGAGUUAUUGACUUAUUGAUAUCGAUCGAUAAGAAUUAAAUUUAAAAUGCUUUUGCAGUUAGGGCCUCAAACAAUGCCUUUUCAUCUUGAUUUAUGUAGUUUUCCGUUGAAGUUGAGUAUUACCCUUUAAUUAGUUAAGCUCAAUGUUUGUAAGAACAACACUGAAGUGUCAUUUGUGUGGGCAUUUUGGCAUUUUGGCUGAUGGCUAAAGAUAAAAAGGCAUGAACAAGAUGGUACCAUAGUUAUAAUACACCUGCAAAUUGGGGUUACAGUCAAUGUCGGGAUGUAGAACAAGCUUUCUGGCCACUGCCAUUGUUAUAUUCAAGGAUUUUUCAAAUUUGAAGACAUACAUGCUUUCUAGCACUUUAGAAGGUAAUGCUCAAUAUUGACUUUUAGGUUGCUGGAAGUUGUGCGUCCUCUACAAUGGUAAUUUCUGAAAUAGCUGUGCUCAACAGCCUUUCUGUCUGUUUGCUUGUUUCGGUGUUCAGGGACAGGUACGGCAGUGGAGUACGUUUCUUUCACAGCCAAAAGAGCUGUAACAAGAUCUAUGUAUUACUGUUUCUUUUCUACUAAUGCUCAGAGACAGUUUUUUCUUAGUCACAUUGUAAUUAUCUUAUAACUUAUUCCAUUUGAUCAAGAACCAGAUGGAACUGAGGGUUGAGAUGAAUAUGUGAGCAAAACUAGCUGAUCCAUGAACAAUUGGAAUGUGGAUAACUGGAAUAGACUUUUUCUUUACUUGUCAGUAGCGAAUGCCUCAACACUGGAUGGUUUCUGUUACUCUAGCAAGGCUUUUGAAGCGAUUCUUUUCAGUGGGAUGCAUCAUCUGCAAUUAUCUUAGUUAGAGUUUGCCAUUGGAUGAGUACAUUAUCCUUCACUCAAGCUUUUUGAUCCUCUUCUUGUCAAUGUAGUCAGUGAUAUCAGUGUAAUAACUAACAAGCUUGCAGAUCAUCUUGAAGCUGUGCUCAAUCAUCUUUUUCUGAAGUAUCCUGAUGUAGCCAGUGCUCCUUACAAGGCCAACUUCACUCACAUCAGCAAAGGGGGAGGAGUCUAAUGGAGUUAAAAACUAUUGAGAAGUGAAAUGGCCGUCUCAUCCCCUCUUUGUGAUCCUUCUUCAGACUUGAUCCUUCAUGGCGCUUACCUGAGUUCUGAAGUUCUAUACCAGCAAAUGAGUCAAGUUGAGCUUUGUAAGGUUUCAAUUUAUAGUGAUCGAUGACAUGAAAAAGACAUACUGUGGCAGCAUCAAGGUGAAGUUUCACCGCUCCCAGCAAUGCAUUAGAUCCUUAAAAGCAGCAGAUUUGAAAGGAGUUGUGCCACUGAGAGCAUUUUAGGUGUUGACAAUGAAGAUGAUGAUCAUCACAGCGAUCUAUACUUUCUUUGUUUGAAUUUAUCUUGUCAAAGAGGACUGUUUUUACAGGAGGGGAUAAUUUGCCUCAAUCAAUUUAGAUGUGGCUGACCUCAGAAACUGCCAUUAGAAGCUCAAGCUUUGGCGCAUUGGGGAAGGGGAGAGCAGCAGGUUGCAAAGCACGCCUUUAAACAGAAGCACGAGCGAUAACUUUGGUUGUUUGAUAUGUAGUGGAAUUGGAGGGAAGAAGAGAAAAAGCAUUCAUCGCAUAAGAAACUUGAUGGGUAUUCUUUUAGAAAGUGUGUUCUUCAUUCAUGACGGAGGGUUAAAUUGUAAAGAGAUUAAGAUUAUGCACUUUUAAAUUGUGUUUGGAUAGCAUUUAUUUGGUCAAAAA